AUGAGCGACAAGGAUGCCCCCAUUCCUGACCCUGAUGCCGAUAUUCCCGCCGAGAAGCCCACCCCGACUGUGAAGCCGAAAGCGGACCCCACCCCGCCCGCUAAAGACCCCGAGGAGGUCGAGACCCCCAAGGCCGUGCCGAAACCGCCACCCAAGGCAGCCCCCGUCGCAGCUGCCGAAGAGGAUGAGGUCAAGUCUGUCCGACUUCCUGAACCCUCUGAUCCGCCUGCCCCGCUUCCCCCGGCAGAAUCUGGGGGGUUUAGGGUCUGUACGAAUAAGUUCACACUGAAGGCCGGUUCGGAUUGUGGAGAGUACGCGAGGAGGAAUAUUGCAACGCUAGCUGGCUCGAAUGCGGCAGCUGCUGGAGCACGGGCACGCGUAUAG